CGCGCGUUCGAUCGGCGAGAGUUCAGUCCUCUUCGUACUUUUCCCCUUCUCCAAUUGUUCCAGUGCAAAGUCUCGAUCGCCAAAAUCUUGCUGCUCUGUAAUGUUCUGAGAAAACACGUCACGAUAACGCUGAGUGUCACAACAAGGACGGAACGGACGAAAGCGACGAGGAAAUACCGAGGAAUCCAAUAACAAUAUAAAACGAUGGCAUUUCGUGAAUUAGUAGAAGGAGAUUGUGGAGGUUCCAGCUCUCUGAUACAUUUGGCAUCACAUUAUGUGCGAGAUCAUGGCUUCAAGGAAGAAGGAAUUCAUCGACCGUUUAGUUCGUCAGAAACGUUCCAAACACCGGACGCAGAUCAAUUGGUCCAACAAUUUUUAGAGGAACCUGCCUGCCCACAGACAUUUCGAAUGGAUAAUCUAUUACAAGAAAUGAGGGAAAUAGAUCAGAGUAUUCAUCCUCCCAAAACUGGACCUGAGAUCAUAAGGGAAUUAAAGAAUGACUUGGACAAAGCUUGGGGACCUUAUCUUACAUCUCUUACAUCAGACAAAAUAAGGGAUCAGAUUCAUUCAGGUCUUCAUUCAGAAACUGGACCUGAGAACAUAACGGAAUUACAGAAUGAUUUAAAUGCAGCUUGGGGAAAUCCUUAUCUUACAUCUCUUACAUCAGACGAAAUAAGGGAUCAGAUUCAUUCAGAUCUUCAUUCAGAAACUGGACCUGAAAGCAUAACGGAAUUACAGAAUGAUUUAAAUGCAGCUUGGGGAAAUCCUUAUCUUACUAAAUCUCUAGAUGAACUUCAUGCAGACGAUAUAUGGAGUGCAUCUAUUUUGCCUGUUCAAGAGGAAGAAGGUACAAAUUAUGAGAUAAAUGAAUUUGGAUUAGAUCCAAAAUGGGCAGAAGAUUUUCUGGAAUAUAAGACGGAUGCUGUACAGAACAUUACUAAUAAAAAUGAUAUUGCUCAAAUUAAAGAAGAUGAAGAGCCAAAAUUGGCAUACUCAAGGUUUAUGAAAUUCAUGGAACGAGAAGGUGAUAUUCCUAUAGAAAGCAAUCAAGCAGCAAUCAACUUGGAUGGUACAAGCGAGGAAUGGAUAGAACAAUUUAUAGAAAAUGAUGCAACUAAUCUCAAUGACAAUACAGUUUUGAAUAAAGUAGAAGAAGAAUUAGAAUUUGCAGGUACAUGGAUAGACGAAUUUGUAAAGGAAAAUCCUGUUGCAGGAAAUAAUAUGGAAUCAUUAUGGAAACGAUUUCAAGAAGAAUGGGACAAGAUCUCUGCAGAUGGAAACUCCUAUACGCACCCGUGGGUAUCAGAAUUCGACACAUAUUAUGAUCCAUUUAAUAAGGAAUAUGAUUUCUCUGAGACAAAUCCUAUGAAAGAUUUGCCAAAUGCUUUGGCAGAAGGCAAGAAACGACUAGAGGCAGGUGAUUUACCAAGUGCUGUACUAUGUUUUGAAGCUGCCGUUCAACAGGAUGAAAAUAACAUUGAAGCCUGGCUACUUCUUGGCAAAACACAAGCUGAAAAUGAGCAGGAUCCUUUGGCCAUCUCUGCUUUAAAUCGUUGUCUGUGUUUGGAUCCAUCGAACAGCGUUGCUCUCAUGACAUUAGCAGCUUCCUAUGCAAACGAGUCUUAUCAAAAGCAAGCCUGCCUAACACUAAAGGAAUGGUUAUUAAAGAAUGAAAAAUACAAACAUCUUGCAAGUUCAGAAUCUAAUAUUAAAAAAGAUGAACAUCCGAAUUUCAAUGUGUCUACUUUAUUAUACGACAAAAUAUAUGAUGAAGUCAAAGAUCUAUAUAUUCAAGCCGCAAGAAUGAAUCCUCGAGAUGAAAUUGAUGCGGACGUACAGUGUGGAUUAGGUAUAUUGUUCAAUUUAUCGAAUGAUUACAACAAAGCUGUGGAUUGUUUUCAAACAGCGUUGCACGUGCGUCCCGAUGAUUCCAGAUUGUGGAAUAGAUUGGGAGCUACUCUAGCUAAUGGUCAACGAUCAGAAGAAGCUGUAAAUGCGUAUCAUCGUGCCUUAGAAUUAUCACCUGGAUUUAUUAGAGCACGUUACAAUCUCGGCAUAUCUUGCGUUAAUCUUGCAGCGUAUCAGGAGGCAGGUGAGCACCUUUUGACAGCAUUGAACCAACAAGCUGCUGGAAGAGGUCCACAAGCUAAUAGUGUACCUCCUAAAGCAAUGUCGAAUACAAUAUGGUCAACGUUAAGAUUAGUUAUAUCAUUGAUGCGUAAAUAUGAUUUAAUGGAAGCCGUAGAAAGCAGAGAUUUACCAAGACUAAACAAGGAAUUUGGAAUAAUGUAAACGGACGCAAAUACUAUCAGGGUUUAUACAAUAGUUCAUUUUUAUAUGGACUAUUUAGAAAUACAUUCGGAAUUACAUAGGUAAUCAACAAAUAAUAGAAUGUCUUCGAUAUACUCUAGCAUUUAAUUAAAUUCUAAGAUAUUCUAAUUAAACAAAAAAAUGUACAUACAAAUAGAUGACAUUUAAGAUA